AUGGUGAGUUUCAUAGAGGCUUGGGGUUUAGUAAUGUUCUCAUUGUGUUACACUUUUUACGUUGCUAAAUUGGUUCCAAAAGGAAUCAAAAGGCUGAUUUUGAUCAUCCCUGUCUUGUUCUAUUUCUUCAUAUUUCCUUUCUUAAUGUCUUCCUUGCAUUUAAUCGGCAUAACAGCUUUCUUCAUCGCUUGGCUUGCUAAUUUCAAGAUCGUUCUCUUUGCAUUAGGACUUGGUCCUCUCUCUUCAAACCCUAGACCCUUAUCUCUCCCUAUUUUCUUCGCGGUUUCUUGCUUGCCAAUUAAUAUUCAGCUGAGCCCUAAACCUCCUACAUCUCACUCCAAUGGAGGUGGAUCUACAGAUGGCCCCUUGAAGUAUAUCAUAAAGGUGGCUCUUUUGGUUCUUUUCAGUAAAGUCUACGCUUACAAAACCAAUCUGCCUGAGAAAGCCGUGUUGACUCUCUAUGCGAUCCACACAUAUUUCUUCCUCGUGCUCAUGCUAGCCGCUGCAGCCGCUCUGGUUCGAGCCAUGUCCGGUCUUGAGCUCGAGCCACAGUUCAACAAGCCGUAUUUGGCGACAUCACUUCAAAAUUUCUGGGGGAGACGGUGGAACUUGAUGGUCACUGGAAUCCUACGGCCUACCGUGUACGAGCCGCUGAUCCAGCUGUUCUCUGCCUGGGGCCAACCCCGAGACUGGUCCCGAUAUCCUGCAGUUUUCUUGACAUUCGUUGUUUCAGGGUUAAUGCACGAGCUCGUCUUCUUCUACAUUGGACGGUUGAGGCCGGAUUGGAAGGUAAUGUGGUUCUUCCUUGUAAACGGAUUUUGCACGACGGUGGAGAUUGCCAUCAAGAAGACUAUUAACGGAAGGUGGAUUCUCCCGACAGCAAUUAGUCGGGUUUUGACCAUCGGGUUUGUGAUGGUGACGGGUUUGUGGCUGUUCUUUCCAGAGUUUACGCGGUGCAACAUAUUAGAGAGGUCUAUUGAUGAGUAUGUAGCCAUAGGCAGAGUAGCAGCCAGGAUCAAGAAGAGCAUAUGA